AUGCCAGUUGACUGUUCAUUGAACAUUGCUUUCUACUUUCUAUUGCAGGAAAUACUCCAGCCACAUGGAAGCAGGAAACCAAACAAAAAUUUCAGAAUUCCUCCUGCUGGGCCUCUCUGAGGAUCCUGAACUUCAGCCUCUCUUCUUUGGUGUCUUCUUGUCCAUGUACCUGGUCACUGCGCUUGGGAACCUUCUCAUCAUCCUGGCUGUUAGCGCUGAUCCGUACCUCCACAGCCCCAUGUACUUCUUUCUCUCAAAUUUGUCUUUUGUUGACAUCUGUUUCAUCACCACUACGAUCCCAAAGAUGUUGGUGAACAUCCAGACACAGAGCAAAGACAUUUCCUAUAUAGGGUGUCUCGCUCAGGUGUAUUUUUUCAUGAUCUUUGGUGGACUGGACAAUUUUCUCCUGACUGUCAUGGCAUAUGACAGGUUUGUGGCCAUCUGUCACCCCCUGCACUACACAGUCAUCAUGAAUCCCAAGUUCUGUGGCUUGCUGGUUCUGAUGUCUUGGGUCAUUAUUUUCUGGGUCUCCUUGAUCCACAUUUUACUGAUGAUGCGACUGAAUUUCUGUACAGCGACUGAAAUCCCACAUUUCUUCUGUGAACUGGCUCAGAUGAUCAAAGUGGCCUGCUCUGAUACCCUCAUCAAUAACAUCUUCUUGUACUUGGCAACUGCCCUGCUGGGUGUGUUUCCCCUCAUUGGGAUCCUCUUCUCUUACUCUCAGAUCAUCUCCUCCUUAAUGAGAAUGUCCUCUGCUGGGGACAAGUAUAAGGCCUUUUCCACCUGUGGUUCUCAUCUUUCCGUGGUCUCCUUGUUCUAUGGGACAGGCCUUGGGGUCUACCUCACUUCUGCUGUGACUCAUUCUUCCCAGAGAAGCUCCAUUGCCUCAGUCAUGUACACUGUGGUCACACCCAUGCUGAACCCCUUCAUUUACAGCCUAAGGAACAAGGAUGUGAAGGGAGCCCUGAAAAGUCUUCUAAGUAGAGCAGUUUUUGGCCCACGAUGA